GAAAGCAGCUACAAGACGUCGAGUCUACGACUCCUCCCGGUGGUAUAAAUACACCUCACUAACCCAAAAAUAGCAACGCUUUUUACUCAUCCAGAUCACAAUAAAUUUAUUUCCCGGAAAUGGGAUCGCGAUUCGAGGUCGCCGUCACGAUAACCUCCGCCAAGGACUUGAAGAACGUCAACUGGCGUCACGGCAGCCUGAAACCGUACGCCGUCGUCUGGGUGGACCCCAAAGCCAAGUCCUCCACCAGGGUUGACGAGGACGGCGACACCAACCCUGUCUGGAACGAUACUCUCUUGAUUCCGCUCAAUUCUUACAUCGAAGAUUCCACCCUGUACAUCGACAUCGUCCACGCUUUCGCCGCCGAGGACGUCAAGCCGCUCAUCGGCUCCGCCAAGCUUCAUCUCCGAGACGUCGUAAGCGAUGCCGGCAUCGGCAGCCGUGUCGACCGACAGAUCUCCCUCAAACGCCCUUCUGGUAGGCCGCAGGGGAAAUUAGAGGUCAAAAUUACUGUGCGCGAGCCGAUGAUCCAACCCCGAGAUCCAUACCUGGCGCCUCCCUACGGCGUUCCUCCGCCGGCGACCAGGGAAUAUCCGGCACCUCCGCCGUACGGCAGCCCGUAUGCGGCUCCUCCUACGGGCUACCCUUAUGGCGCUCACGCGCCUCCUCAGCCGUAUGUUCAGCCCGGCUACGGUUACGAACAGCCCGGGGGUUAUGCGUAUGCAGGGCAGGGCAGUUACGGGCAGCCCGUUUACGGUCGCGAGGAGAAAAAGAAGGGGAAAUUCGGUGGUAUGGGGACCGGAUUGGCUGUGGGUGCGGUGGCAGGGGCUUUGGGUGGACUCGCACUGGCAGAAGGGUUUGAUGCGCUAGAGGACCACAUCGCCGAGAAAGUGGAAGAAGAUCUAGGCUACGACUCCGAUGACUUUUAAGAUUAAAAAUUAAGAAAAUUUGUUUUAAGUUUGAUUUGUUUUUCCGUUAAACAUUGCGCGUUUCUAUGUGCCAAUUUGAACGUGUCCAGCGUGUUUUUAUGUUCUGAGGUUCUUUGAAAAGGACAUACCCUCGAGUAUUAGUAUAUAAAUAUAUUUAUAAAAAAUAUAUAUUUCUUAUCA